AUGAGGGAUGAGGCUGAUCGGAGAAGAGCUGCACCGGCGGAUACAUCCCUGGUAGUCGAUAUUGAGAUGUUGCCGAUAGAGGCAAUCCUUCCCUCUCAGGCCAAUGAGCCUACAGAGGCCGUUGUGCCUGGGUUGAUUGAGCGAGUGAUUAUUGAUGCCUUGGCCCCAAUUAGGGCUGAGUUAAGAGAGAACAUAGAGUUGAUAGAUACCCACAAAUUUGCACUUGAUGUCCUUACUGUGAGGGUAGAGGUUUGUGAGCAGGGACAUAGUACUUCUAAAGAUGUGACGGCCUUGAAAGCCGAUAUUGUUGAGCUACAGAGAGAUGUGGAUGAGCUGAAAUCCACCAAUCUAUCUAUGUUGUUUGGCACAAUAGAGAUCCACGAGGUCCCGAGUGCAGAUUUCCCAGCCAUUUCUGAGAUUCCUCCGGCUACUACAACCAGAGAUGUUGCUAUGGAUGAGGUUGAUGUUGGGUCUGAGGCUGAGACCAAUGAAGAGGAGAUGGGUAUUCGAGAUGCAACAACAUAUGAUGACUUAGAGGAUCUUGAGGGAGGCAAAAGAGCAAGGCAAGAACAUUACCAGGCAAAAAAAGGAGCAGAACAGAUGAAAAAGGCUGAAGAUAAUGACAGUUGA